AUGGCUCUUAAUCUUGCUGCUCGUCGAGCUGGUAGAGUUGCUUUCAGGCAACGAGCUGCUGUUGCCGUUGAGUCAUUUUCGCAAUGGCGAUAUGCUUCCUCAGCGAGUGCUUCAAAUCUUCCGGAAGAUGUCAAAAAGCAAAUAUAUAAGGAUGCAUCCCUUCCCAAUCCCGAUCCAGGAGCAGAUUCAGCUACGGCCGCUUUUGUGAAUGAGCGCGCGCCGUAUAUGGUCCCGACUUACGUGCGGCCGCUUCCAGUCAUGGCCAAAGGUGAAGGAUGCUAUCUAUGGGAUUUGGAAAAUAGACGUUAUCUGGAUUUGACGGCCGGCAUAGCUGUAACAUCGCUGGGACACUCCGAUCCCGGAGUAACCAAGGCGAUCAAUGAGCAGGCCAGUACUUUACUUCAUGCAUCCAACCUCUAUCAUAAUAAUUGGACGGGGGGCUUGAGCAAGCUGCUUGUGACUCAGACACUGGAAUCCGGUGCCAUGCGAGGAGCUUCACAAGCUUUCAUUUCCAAUUCCGGCACCGAAGCAAAUGAAGCUGCUAUAAAAUUUGCGCGAAAAGUUGGCCACAGUCUUGAUCCAUCUGGCGCGAAGCAUGAAUUCGUCUCUUUCCACAAUUCUUUCCACGGCAGAACAUUUGGCGCACUGUCGGCGACUCCAAACCCCAAAUAUCAGGCUCCAUUUGCUCCUAUGCUCCCAGGAUUCAAAUAUGGAAAAUAUAAUGACAUUGAACAGCUGCCCACUCUCGUCACAGAGAAGACUUGCGGCGUUAUCGUGGAGCCCAUACAAGGCGAAGGCGGUGUUAAUACCGCAACUCCAGAGUUCCUGACCGCUCUCCGCGCCCGAUGCGACGAAGUGGGAGCGAUUCUAAUCUUUGACGAAAUCCAAUGCGGUCUUUCCCGCACUGGUUCACUUUGGGCGCACGCGCACCCGUCUCUGAUCCCCGCCAACGGCACGGAGCCCGCGCAUCCAGAUAUUCUCACCACCGCCAAAGCGCUAGGAAACGGCUUCCCUAUCGGGGCAACCAUCAUUUCUGACGUGGUGGGCAAACACAUCAAGACAGGCGAUCACGGAACGACAUUCGGCGGGAAUCCAUUAGCGUGCCGCGUUGCCCACCACGUCUUGACCCGUCUCACCUCACAGGAACUGCAGGCGACCGUACUUGAGCGCUCCGAGGUGUUUGUCGCAGGUCUCAAAGCUCUGCAGAAGAAAUUCCCCGGUGUCAUCUCCGAAAUCCGGGGGCGGGGCUUGAUUUUGGGGGUGCAGCUGGCCCAGCAGUAUUCCUCCCGUGUUGGUGAUAUCGUAACUGCUGCAAGACAGAGAGGGCUGCUGGUCAUUACUGCCGGAGAAGGGUGCUUGAGAUUCGUGCCACCGUUGGUGAUUAAUGAAGAACAAAUUCAAGAUGGUUUACUAAUCCUCGAGAAAGCGAUGGAGGAGGUCUUGAAAAUCUGA